UGCGUCGGAGCGGCAGGAAAAAGCGCCGCCUGGUUCUCGGGCGCAUUCGGAGUGUGCAGUGUGCGGAGAGAGGAUCGGAGGAGGAGGGAGAGGGACAGGCGUAAACUUCACUUCCUUCCAAAACAUUUCCUCCGUCCGCGCUCCCAAGAAGAAAAAAAAAAACAAAAAAAACACCGACACUUUCUUGGUUGCCGUAGCCGAGUUUCGCUGCUCUCGCUCCGGGGACGUUUUUUUUUUUUUUUUUUUUGCAGAAGUUCGCCAUGGAUUGGGGCACGGACUUGUGGGACCAGAACGACGUCAUCGACAAGCACACGCAGUCGGGGCUGGACCUGGUGGAGAGAUACGUCAAGUUUGUGAAGGAGAGGAGCGAGAUCGAGCAGAACUAUGCCAAACAACUCAGGAACCUCACCAAGAAGUACAAGAAAGGAAGCAAGGAGGAGCAGGAGUGCAAAUUCAGCAACCACGCGUCGUUCCAGGACAUCCUGAGCGAGCUGAAUGACUACGCGGGGCAGAGGGAGGUGGUGGCGGAGAACAUGAUGACCUCCAUCUGUGUGGAGCUCACCAAGUUCCUCCAGGAGAUCAAGCAGGAGCGCAAGACUCACCUGUCGGAUGUGAAGAAGGCCCAGCAAACCCUGGAGAGCAGCUUCAAACAGCUGGAGAGUACAAAGAAGCGUUUUGCCAAAGAGUGGGCUGAGGCGGAGAAGGCCACGCAGCAGGCUGAGAAGACCGAGAACGACCUGAACGCCACACGCCUCGACGUCGAGAAGGCCAAGCACUACGCCCACACCCGCACCCACAUCGCAGAGGAGAGCCGCAGUGACUACGCUGCCCAGCUACAGAAGUACAACAAGGAGCAGAACUACCACUACUACACAGACAUACCCCAGAUAUUCAAUAAGUUACAGGACAUGGAUGAGCGGAGGAUCCGGAGGCUAGCUGAGGGCUACUGUCAGUUCUCGGAGAUUGAGAAGAAUGUGCUCCCUAUCGUCACCAAAUGUCUGGACUGCAUCUAUACCGCAGGGACACGUAUCAAUGCUAAUCAGGACUCCAUCCUCUUCAUAGAACAGCACAAGUCGGGCUUCGAGCGGCCCUCAGACGUGGACUUUGAGGACUACUCUCAUGGAAUCAAACCCGCAACCUCAGAGUCCACCCUGAACGCGCCCAAACACAAGGCCAAGCUGUGGCUCUUCAGCAAGAAGAAGACGUCAGUGCCGGAGAAACACAUGCCGGUAGAAUCAGAGGACUUCUCCCACCUCCCUCCAGAGCAGAGGAAGAAGAAGCUCCAGGCCAAGAUCGACGAGAUCACCAAAGAGCUGCAGAAGGCCCAGGACAGCAGUGAGGCGUUGGAGAAGAUGAAGGUGGUGUAUGCUAAUAACCCAGGUUUAGGAGACCCCAGCAGCCUGGAGCCCAGCAUCUCAGAGACUGCUCAGAAGAUCGGCAAACUGCGAGGAGAGAUCGCCAAGUAUGAGACGUGGCUCUUAGAGGCGAUGGGAGGAGAGGAUUCCUCCAGCCCGGACAGCCACCAGCACAAUGUGAACACAGAUCACUUACCUGAGCCUCCAGAGUUCCCUGACCCCCCGGAGGAGAGCACGCCUACAGUGGGCCUCUACACGGACUUCUCUGAGUUUGACGACGUGUGUGGACAGUACACUGUGCUCUACGCCUUUGAAGGCAAAGACGAGGGCACUCUGUCCAUCAGCCCCGGAGAGCAGCUCAGCGCCAUCGAGGAAGACCAGGGAGACGGCUGGAUGAGAGUGGUGAAGGCCAACGGAGAGGAGGGAUACAUACCAUCAUCCUAUGUCCAACCGCUAUAACGUCUUCUGUCCAGUGUCCUCUGUCCAGUGUCGUCUGUCCAGCCCAUAGACUGUAUAUAGAAAUGGACAUAGUUAACCUGCUAGCCGCUUUAUUCACUUUACUUUGAAAAAUUCCUCCCUCUCUCUGUAUCUGCUGCAGUGAGCCUCCUCAUUUUGGUUUUAAAAUGUCCAUUCACUACAUGAUCCUGGUGUUUUUAUUUUGCUAUUUUGUCCCUAAAUCAAUUCCUAUUCCUAAUAUUUGACCCCAUAUUCACUCCUAGCCUCGUGAGCUUCAUUUGACUGGAGCUGAACACUGUGGUUGACGUCACACUCACUUUGUCCACUUUUUUAUACAGUCUAUGGUCUAAACACUAUAACGUCCACUGUCCUCUGUCCAACCACUAUAACGUUCAAGCAGACCCCUCAUCACAUAAUAAUCAAAACACACUGUAAUUCUUAAAUAACAGCAUUCAAAUUCAAACAUACAAUUGAAAUCUAUACUGCAAAAAUAUAACUCACUUUUAUUUUGUCACACAGCCAAAGGAAACUAUUACAUUUCUUAAAAUUAUGAUAUAAAUAUUAUAAUUUGUGUGUGACUAAAAGUGAACAAUUUUAAAAUUUAAUAUAGAGUCAGAACAAAACAGUUUUCUCUAUUUUGCAUUGCCAGUUUGGGAUGCCAAGAGAAAAACUUGUAUGUAUCCCCUUUUAAACAGGUUUAGGCAAUAGGCUCUAUUCACUUCCGGUGUAUUUCCCGACACUGGGCAUGUGAUAAAAGCAUGGAUUCAGCAGCAGCAUCUUCACAACCUGCCAAAGCUUUCCAUGAGGGACAUGACUCUAAUCACAGCUUCAUGUCACUCACAGGUCCUGUAUUUUGUGCUUUACUAAAGUCGUACUAAGACACCCAAUAAAUUCAGGCUUUUAAUUGCACCCUAUAGUGCAGAAAAUACGGUAGUUGGUUGGAAGUGUUGAUCCGCUGAACAUAACAGAAUGCUACAAUGACAUCUUUUUGUUUAUGAAGUUAGACAAAUUAUAAUACACAAAUGAAUAAAUCGUUUAUAAAAGGGAAAAAGAAAGAAAACAAUGACAUGUAGAUGAAGAAAGCCAGUCUAUUUUCUCAGUUUCCUCAGUUUUACUUUCACCAACAGAGCCCAAAGGAGGUCGUCAUCCUCAUGUUUCCAAACGUCUUGUGGUUUUGAGACGUAAGUGUGAACAGAGCCCACAAGAUUCAGUUUGAUUUGCGACACAUCGCACAGGCUCCAUACAGUUUUAGUGUUUAUAACAAAACUCUCUCAUGACAAAUGUUAUUCUGGUGGAUUUCCCCAGCUUUGCCUUUGUUGCAGCACAGAUUGGAUUGAAAUCGGAGAACACUGCGCUAAAGUUCUCUUGUUUAUCGUGUGGUAUCUGGUGGUGCUUGUUUGUGUGAGAAGUGCCGGGUUAGAUUCCCCUCCCAAAGCUCAUACAGCGCACUCUGAAUGUACAUCAAAACGCUGUUGGAAAUAUGAACUCCUCUUUACACGCAGGACCUAUGUGUUUUUCCACACUAUAAUGUGACAAAAUAUGUGAUUUUGUUCUUUUUUUUUUAAACUGGAUUAAAACCACUAUCUUGUAUACAGUGCACAGAGUAUAACAUUCCUAUAUGACUGUCGCCGUGGUGCAGUCAAACCUAUGCAUAUCGAAAUAUUGUAAAUGUAUAAAGACUAUAAAGGUGCGACAUCACUAGAUUUAAAGAACAUAAGCACAGUCUGAACACUCACUGGAAAAACCUGUCGUGCCCUUGGCUAAUAUUUACCCAUCAAUAAACUGUUUUAGAAUGAAAA